UUUUAGUUUUCACCCUAAAUUUUACUGCAACCCUAAGCCUAAAUUGGAAUCGGCCCAAUUUGUGGAAAUUGCGAAACCCCUCUUAAAGCUAACACAAGUCGAUCAAAGGAAAGCCCCACUUUUGGUGUAGAAAAUUGCUUUCAGUUCGAAAAAUGGAGCUCGAUGCCAAGAUUACUGGUAAAAAAGCUAAAUCAGAAAGCAAGAAUUCGUCGGAGCUGUUUGCUUCCUGUUCAUUCUCCGAUCUCGGCCUCCACCCCGCGCUAUGCGACCAGCUCAAAGAGAGGCUGGGGUUCGAGGCGCCGACGCUGGUUCAGGCUCAGGCGAUUCCCGUCGUGUUAUCCGGCCGACAUGUGCUUGUGAAUGCUGCUACCGGCACUGGCAAAACAGUGGCUUAUCUAGCUCCUAUAAUUCAUAUGUUGCAGAGUUAUGAUGAAAGAAUUGAGCGUGCAGAUGGCACCUUUGCAUUGGUCCUUGUACCAACGCGUGAAUUAUGCAUGCAGGUGUAUGAGAUUUUGCAGAAGUUGCUACACCGUUUUCAUUGGAUUGUUCCUGGAUAUAUCAUGGGUGGGGAAAAUCGGGGAAAGGAGAAAGCUAGGUUAAGGAAAGGUGUAACUAUCCUUGUUGCAACCGCUGGACGUCUCUUGGACCACUUGAAGAAUACUUCAUCUUUUGUGCACAAAAACCUUCGCUGGAUAAUAUUUGAUGAAGCUGAUAGGAUUCUGGAAUUAGGGUAUGGCAAAGACAUUGAAGAGAUACUUGGUUGUCUGGGAACAGGGAACCUUAAAUCUGGCAGCAAGGAUAUCUCAGCUGUGAAUUCUGGAGUUCAGAAGCAGAAUUUGCUUUUAUCGGCUACACUGAAUGAUAAAGUAAAUCAUCUUGCAAAUGUUAGUCUAGAAAAUCCAGUGAUGAUUGGUCUAGAUGACAAUAUGUCAGGAAGUAGGACUCGUAAUGUUUCUCUUGAAUCAAAUGGGGUUGAUAUAGUAAAAGAAUCCAGAAAAACUUUAGAUACUUCAAAUGAGGAAUACAAGCUUCCGACUCAGUUAGUGCAGAAGUACAUUAAAGUGCCAUGUGGUUCUCGGCUUGUGGUGCUCCUUUCCGUAUUAAAGCAUCUAUAUGAGACCGGAGCUUCGCAAAAGGUUGUGGUGUUUUUUUCAACUUGUGAUGCUGUAGAUUUCCAUUAUUCUCUUCUUGGCGAAUUCAAAUGGACCGCUUUACAAAAAAAGACAGAAGUUAGUCAGAAAUUUUUGGGGUGCAAAAUGUUGCGGCUGCAUGGCAACAUGAAUCAGGAGGAUCGUAAAACAACAUUCCAGUCAUUCAAAACAGAUAGAUCAGCUCUUCUGUUUUCAACAGAUGUUUCUGCUAGAGGCCUGGAUUUCCCCAAAGUCAGAUUCAUUAUCCAAUAUGAUUCUCCAGGCGAGGCAACUGAGUAUGUUCACAGGGUUGGGAGAACUGCCAGGUUGGGUGAGAAAGGAGAUUCUUUACUUUUCCUACAACCAACUGAAACAGAUUAUUUGAAAGAUCUCGAAAAACACGGAGUGAUGCUGACAGAAUAUCCCCUCCUAAAAUUACUGAGUAGCUUUCCUGUGUACAAUAUGAAGCAGCCAGCCUGCAGGUUUGUUUCAAUAGAGAUGCACCCAUUGUUGAUAGCUUUGCAAAGAGCCUUAGAGGCCUUCGUUGUGACGGAGCCGAAGAUAAGCAAAUUAGCCAAGGAGGCAUUUUCGUCAUGGGUUCGUGCAUACACAGCCCAUCGUGGUGAGCUGAAGCAGAUCUUUAUGGUCAAGAAACUUCAUCUGGGGCAUGUGGCAAAAAGUUUUGCUUUGAAAGAUCAGCCUACGUUGGUCAACAAAUCAAUCCAAAAGCAACUGAAGAAAAGGAAGAGGAAUGAUCAACGGAACGAUAAACAGAAAGUGAAAUCGAAGAAGAGGGCUAUCGUUAAAUCUUGACCUCUGGAUACUGGGGGUGAUCCGAACGACAUAACCUUGCUUUUUUUUUGCUCGGGCAGCGACGGAGCUAGCUCCAGCCGGUGCUAGACCACAACGAAGGAGUUGGGGUUGGGCUGAGAUGAGCAAACAUGUAGCAAAAAUGGAGCUUUUGGGAGUUUCAGCCAUUUUAGAUCGAUAGAGAAAAAAAAAACACAUCGCGACUUUCAUUUUCUCAUCUAAGAUGAAUUAAUUUUGUAACCAAUGAUUAUGAAAAGUGGCUUGUUUUUUUGUGUAAUUGAAGGGGAAGCAUAAAGUUAAAAUUUAUGUUACUCAUUUUUUAUUUUCUAUAAAUAUAUUUCUUACUUUAUUUUUUCUUUA